GAUCUUAUAAAAAUUUAAAGUAUGAUUAAUUGUUUAUUUUUAGUGAACUACUUCAUGAUAUGGGUUUGAAAAGAAAAAAAAGUAUAAACAAAAACAAAGCCUCUAAACGAUGCCUAUAAAAGCACAAAUACUCUAAGAAAGAAAUCUUACGCCUUGCCCAAAAGAAAGAAAACGAAAGGAAAAUGGAAACUCUUUGGUUCAUCAUCUUCUCCCUCACUGCUACUUACUUCUUCUUCUUCAUCACCAGAUUCCUUUGGAGUCAAAACUCUAAACUACCACCAGGCCCUAGGUCUCUUCCCAUCAUCGGCCAUCUUCACCACAUAAAGAAGAUUCCAUUACCACAAGCCCUCCAUCUCCUCUCUUCAGUCCACGGGCCUGUUCUCUUCCUCAAAUUCGGAUGCCGUCCCGUUCUCGUCCUCUCUUCACCAGAAUCCAUCGAAGAAUGCUUCACCAAACACGACCAAACACUAGCUAACCGCCCCAGGACCAUCACCUCCGAUCACUUCAGCUACGGCUACACAAACUUCGGAUUCGCUCCUUAUGGAGAUAUCUGGAGAACCCUCCGGCGUAUCUCCACCCUCGAGGCCUUCUCCUCCUCAAGUCUCCAGAAGAACUGUUAUAUCCGUAACGAAGAAGUCUCUUAUCUCUGUUCCAGCAUCUUCAGAUCAUCAGUAGACUCUCGUAGCGUGGACCUCAAGUAUCAUUUCAAUCGCUUCACCGCUCACGUCAUGCUCAGGUUAGUCUCAGGGAGCCGCGGCGUCGAAGAGAGAAGUCCGGAAGCAGAGCAGAGGUUCUUGGAUGAUUUCAAGUCUAGGUUUUACUCGAGCAUGUCGAUAAACGCCUGCGAUUACUUCCCGGUGUUGAGGUGGAUUGGGUACAAAGGUAUCGAGAAGAGAGUGAUGGAGAUGCAGAGGAUGAGAGAUGAGUAUCUCCAACGACUCGUCGACGAUGUUCGGAUGAAGAAACAUGAUUCCACAGGUUCGGUGGUGGAGAAGUUCUUGAGCCUUCAAGAGACAGAACCAGAGUUCUACUCAGAUGAUGUCAUCAAAGGUUUCGUAGCGCUAAUGUUCAACGCCGGAACUGAUACUUCACCGAUGGCGAUGGAAUGGGCAAUGUCGGCUUUACUGAACCAUCCUGAUAAGCUUGAGAAGCUAAGAGAAGAACUCAGAUCUAACGUUAAAGGGAUCAUACAAGAAUCGGAUCUAACGAGUUUACCUUAUCUUCGGUGUGUCAUCAAUGAGACGCUUAGGCUAUACCCUUCAGGUCCGCUCUUGCUUCCUCACUGCGCAUCAAAGAGAUUCAACUUAGGCAGCUACGAGAUUCCGGAAAACACAACGUUGUUCGUGAAUGUGUGGGCUGUACAUAGGGACGGUGAGCUUUGGGAAGACGCGGAAGUUUUCAAGCCUGAGAGAUUUGAAGGUUUUGUUGGAGAUAGAGAUGGUUAUAGGUUCUUGCCGUUUGGAGUUGGGAGGAGAGUGUGUCCUGCAGCUGGAUUUGGAAUGAGGACAGUGGCGCUUGCUGUGGGAGCAUUGGUUCAGUGUUUUGAGUGGGAGAAGGUAGGUAAAGGAGAUAUAGACAUGAGGCCUGCGUUUAGUGUGGCAAUGGCUAAGGCUGAGCCUCUUGUUGCAUUGCCUAAGCCGUGGCCUGAUAUGAUUCCCAUCUUGUCUCAGCUCUAGUGUCA